AUGAGUAAUUUAUUACAGAUUAGUACAUCAUGGGGAAUAGGACUCAUCAUUGGCCCAGCUUUGGGAGGUUACCUUGCACAGCCUGCAGAGAAAUUUCCUGCUCUAGUAUCUUCAGAUUCACUAUUUGGGAGAUUUCCAUACUUAUUGCCUUGCCUUUGUAUCUCCAUUUUUGCACUUUUUGUGACCAUUGCUGCAUUUUGGCUUCCGGAAACAUUACAUUUUCAUAAAAAAGACGAGUUGGAGUCUGCUUCAUAUGAUACUGAGGGAAAGACAAAUGAAGGAAAAGAUUCAAAUUUAGGAAGCCUCCUGAAGAACUGGCCACUAGUGUCUUCUAUUAUUGUCUAUUGUGUUUUUUCACUUCAUGACAUGGCUUACUCAGAGAUUUUCUCAUUGUGGGCUGUGAGCCCUAAGAGUUUGGGGGGGUUGAAUUAUACUACUGAGGAUGUUGGGACAGUUUUAUCUGUUACAGGAGUUGGACUUCUUGUCUUCCAAUUCACAUUGUAUCCAAUUAUGGAGAGGAUAUUUGGCCCCAUAGUAGUAGCUCGCAUUGCAGGAGUUGUGUCUAUACCACUACUCACAAGUUAUCCAUUCAUAGCCAUGUUGACUGGAUUUGCUCUCUCGUUGACUUUAAAUUGUGCAUCGAUUAUAAAGAAUGUUUUAUCUGUAUCCAUCAUAACAGGGACAUUCAUGCUGCAAAAUAAAGCUGUGGAUCAACGCCAAAGAGGUGCAGCGAAUGGUAUAGCCAUGACUAUGCAGUCAAUUUGCAAAGCCAUUGGUCCAGCUUGUGGAGGAGCACUAUUGUCGUGGUCCCAACAAAGAAAAAAUGCAGCAUUUCUUCCUGGUGACCAAAUGAUAUUUUUCAUCUUGAAUAUAAUCGAAGCAAUUGGAGUUAUAUUGACGUUUAAACCGUUUUUGAUCACACACCAUUACUAGUUGGUAGCAUUCACAUCUAGCUUCAACUCACAUUGGGUAACCAUUUAUACAUAGACUUUCAAUAAUGUCAAUAUCUAUUGACUAUUGUUGUAACUGUAAAAAUGAGGCCUCUAGCUUGUAUUGUAUUGUAUUGGGUUUUGGAUGUAAUUUAUAUAAGGGUUAGAAUAUGUUUCAUGUAUUAUUAUUAAUAAUUUGAUUAUUCUAGAUAAGGAAGAGAAGGGUUUUUUUUUUUACAA